CAAGAUGAUGCAGGAAGUGGUGAGCAGACACCUCAGAGUCAGCAUUACUGUCUUUAUGUAGUGGAGAGGAGAACGUAAAGAUAUGGUUGGGUUAGACGUUCCAGACGUUGUAUUUAGAAUUAGAAGUGGCCUGAAUCUGUCUUUUCCUUUGACAGCGACUGAUGAAUCAUCGGCUAAGAAGGCGUUGUCUGUAGCACUUAGUGACCUCUCUUCCAAGCUGCUCUCAGAGUCUCUGGUGUUCAGAAUUUGUCAUAGUUCAUUGUACAUAUGGCCGAACACUGGAGUCUGCACAUCCCCUACAGAGCUGAUGGAUGACUCUCCCUGCAAAGACAUUUUGCGCUUUAUACAGAUCGAUGAUAAAGAUGAAAAGCGCAAAAGCUCCAAAAAGAAAGAGAAAAAGUCACAAGAUAAGAUUGUAAACAUAAACCUGAUGUUUGACCUGUCAACAAACUCAAAAGCUGUAGCUCCAGUAAUUAAGCAGAACAGCCAAAGUCGUCAUCUCCUCAAUGUCACAUUGCCAAUUGAUUCUGUGCUUAGUGUGUCUUCAGAGGACACCUGGGGGAGUGUUUGUAAUGAGCUAGUGAAUGGACUCACCCAUCAGCUUUCUGAAAUGGAGAAAUGCUUACUGAGAUAUAUGAAAGGGACCUCCAUAUGUAUAGCAGAGCCGUAUCAUUACAAGUUACCUGAAAAGGAACAUCUUGUUACAGUGCUCUAUCCUGCAGGGAUCCCAGAUGCCCAGAUGGAAGGUUAUCGAAAGGAAUUACAUGAAAAGUUCAGCCUGCCUCUAGACAGACCAUACUUUAAAAGAGCUAAUGCCUAUCACUUUCCAGAUGAGCCUUUCAAGGAUGGAUAUCUCCGGAAUCCACAUGCACACCUGAACCCUCUUUUCAUAGAGGGAGGCACAGUUUCAUUGGUGCAAGGAGUAUACAGUUACCAUCACUAUAUGCAGGAUCGCAUGGAUGACAAUGGCUGGGGCUGUGCCUACCGGUCUUUGCAGACCAUCUGCUCCUGGUUUAAGUAUCAGGGUUAUAAUGACCGGUCUAUUCCAACACAUAAGGAGAUUCAGCAGGCUCUUGUUGAUGUUGGGGACAAACCUGUAUCUUUUGUUGGAUCAAGACAGUGGAUCGGCUCAGUUGAAGUUCAACUUGUACUCAACCAUCUGCUUAGCGUUACAUCAAAAAUAAUGUUUGUUAGCCAGGGAUCAGAAUUGGCAUCAAGAGGAAGAGAGCUUGUCAAUCAUUUCAUGUCUGAAGGAACUCCAGUUAUGAUUGGUGGGGGAUCACUGGCACAUACAAUACUUGGUGUUGCAUGGAGUGAAACCACAGGUGAAAUCAAAUUCUUAAUUCUUGAUCCACAUUACAAAGGAGCUGAAGAUCUCCAAGUUAUUCUUGAAAAGGGGUGGUGUGGCUGGAAAGGAGCCGAUUUCUGGAUUCAAGAUACAUUCUAUAACUUAUGCUUACCUCAGCGGCCAGCCAUGAUCUAAUUCUGUCCUUUAAAAGUAAUAAACUUUACAAACUA